AAGUUGUUAAUAAUAAUAUUUCAGAGAGUGGUUCAAGUGCAACAUGAGUAACUGUAGUUACCUAGUAACUGCUCAGCAUGCUACCUCCGUAUCUCACUGUGAUACGGGGAACUUCACAUCAGCGACUGACCUAAACCUGUUGAUUGCUCGGGGAAACAGGAUCGAGAUUAUGCUCGUUACUCCAGAGGGUCUCAGGUAUAAAAUAUAUGAAAGUAUUCUGGUAGCGAUAGAUCCAGAAGCCAGAGUCAUUGGUCUAAGAUUAUAUGACAGUCUUUUCAAGGUCAUUCCACUGGACAGAGGACAGAUGGAGCUUAAGGCGUUUAACAUCAGGAUUGAAGAGAUCAAUAUCCACGCUAUCCAAUUCCUGCAUGGUUGUCAGCAUCCAACUCUGGCACUUCUACAUCAGGAUGUGCAUGGCAGACAUGUUAAAUCACACGAGCUAAGUCUGAAGGACACUGAGUUUGUGAAGGUAGCGUGGAAGCAGGAUAACGUGGAACGACGAGCAGAUAUGCUGAUAGCAGUUCCAGAACCAUUCGGAGGAGUUCUUAUCAUUGGAGCUGAAAGCAUCACUUUUCACAGCGGAACAAACUCGCAUACAAUUGCUCCCCCAGCAAUUCAGAGCUCCUCUAUUGUUGCAUAUUCUAUGGUUGAUGGGAAUGGGAGUAGGUUCCUACUGGGAAGUAUGGCCGAUCAUCUGUCUAUGCAUGGGAGUAAUCUAAUUAUGUUGAUGGGAAUGGGAGUAGGUUCCUACUGGGAAGUUGAUGGGGAUGGUAGUAGGUUUCUACUGGGAAAUAUGGCCGGGAGCAGGUUGGGAGACUCUCAGCUGAUCAAACUCAACGCAGAACCCGACAUCAACGGCAGCUUCGUCACCAUUGUCGAUAUCUUUACAAACCUGGGACCCAUCAUCGAUAUGAUCGUCGUUGAUCUGGAGAAACAAGGUCAGGGUCAGCUGGUAACCUGUUCUGGUGGCUUCAAGGACGGUAGCCUUAGGAUUAUAAGAAAUGGUAUCGGAAUUCAUGAGCUGGCAACUAUCGACCUACCUGGAAUCAAGGGAAUGUGGCCUCUCCGAGUUGGAUCAAAUAUGGAUAAUACUCUAAUCCUUACAUUUGUCGAGCAGACUACAGUUCUAUCAUUGGUUGGAGAAGAUGUUGAAGAGACCGAUAUCCCUGGGUUUAGUUCUGAUCAACAAACCUUCUUUGCCGGGAAUACAGAUUUCGAUCAGAUUCUGCAGAUAACUCCUGGUGGAGUUAGGUUGGUUUCCUCACAAUCCAAGGACCUAGUGGAUCUAUGGAAUCCUCCUGGAGGGAAACAGAUAAGCGUGUGCGGGACGAAUGGAAGUCAGGUUCUGGUUGCCUGUGGAUCCGUUCUCUUCUAUCUGGAGGUCCAGUCGAAUAAGCUUGCAUUGCGCGGGGACUGUACUUUAGAAUUUGAGGUUGCUUGUAUUGAUCUUACACCUAUAGAAGAAGGAGAAACACGCGCGGAGAUUGCGAGCAUUGGUCUCUGGACAGAUAUAUCCGUCCGUCUACUGCGCAUUCCUUCACUAGAAGAGAUCACCCGUGAGAUGAUCGGUGGUGAGAUCAUUCCACGAUCUAUAUUGAUCGCCAAGUUUGAGGGAGUGAAUUAUCUGCUGUGCUCGCUAGGAGAUGGAUCUUUGAUCUAUUAUCUGUUCACUCCUCAGGGUACUCUUGUGGAUAGAAGGAAGGUCACCCUGGGCACACAGCCGACAGUAUUACGCAAGUUCCGUACACAGUCCACAACCAAUGUUUUUGUCUGCUCUGACCGUCCUACAGUCAUCUACUCAUCAAAUAAGAAGCUUGUUUUCGCCAAUGUUAAUCUCAAGGAAGUGAAACAUAUGUGCUCCCUGAACACUGAUGCAUACCCUGAAUGCUUGGCACUCACCUCAGAUACAAGCAUUACUAUUGGAACCAUUGACGAGAUACAGAAACUACAUAUCAGAUCAGUUCCACUUGGUGAGGCUCCAAUGAGGAUUGCAUAUCAGGAGGAGACGAGUACCUUUGGUGUACUCACUAAACGGUUGGAUAUUAUGGACAAGGGAGGACUAAAGCAUUCAAGAGAAAGUGUCACAACGCAGGCUGUUUCAACUUCAGUAGCUGUCACAGUUACUGGACUCAAUAGAUCUGGAGAAUCCUAUCUUCUGUUCAGCAUUGAGUCUUGUAAGCUUGGAGCUGACCCAACUGUUUACUACGUCGUGGGAACUGCAAUCGUCAAUCCAGACGAAUCAGAACCUAAGAUGGGUCGGCUGGUCAUCUUUAGUUGGGCAGAUAAUAAACUAACACAGGUAGCAGAGAAGGAGACGAAGGGAGCCGUGUGGACGGCGAUCUCCUUCAACAAGACCCUGAUGACCACCAUUAACAACACAGUCAGGUUGUGGGACUGGACAUGCGACAAAGAACUCAGAUUAGAGUGUUCUAAUUUUAACCAUAUAAUGGCUCUAUUCGCCAAAGUGUCCGGGGACUUUAUUCUGAUUGGAGAUCUUCUCAAGAGCAUGAUACUACUACAGCAUAAACCAAUGGAGGGAAGUCUGGAUGAAAUAGCUAAAGAUUACUCCCCGAACUGGAUGACAGCAGUUGAGAUUAUAGAUGAUGAAAAGUUCCUUGGUGCUGAGAUGAGUGCCAACCUGUUUGUUUGUCAGAGGGAUUCUGGAGCUAACACGGAGGAGGAGAGGUUACAAAUGUCGGAGGAUAUGUUUGAUCUACUUGAAGAACUGCAGUCCAGACUAACAAAGAAGAUUAAAUCAGUAGGACGGAUACAGCACUCAUUCUACAGGGAAUUCUACAAUGAGAAGAAGCAGGAGCAUAGUGUUGGGUUCAUUGAUGGAGAUGUAAUAGAAUCUUUCCUAGAUCUAGACAGGAGUAUAAUGGAUGAUAUCUGUAAUGGAUUGACCCGAAAGAACGGGACUGAGCGUAGUUCCCUGGCUACCGAGGAGGUGAUGAAGAUAGUUGAAGAUCUCACGAGAAUGCAUUAAUUCAAGAACCAAGUUCUAUCCUAUACCAGUAAUUAUAUCUUAUCUUGUAUAUUGAAUUAUCAUAAGUUCUGAUGCGUGUUUUCUCAACAAUAUACUUUGUCUUAAUAUUUU